CUUUUUUUUUCUUUUUCUGAGAAGCAAGAAGAAAGGAGAUGAAAUCGAGACCGAGAUCAUGUGGUAUUUGGAGUCCGGCUCGGACACCAGACGAUACGAUCGACUUGCCUUGCCGCCUACGGAGUACAUACAGUGUAUAUAAAUGUCAUCUCUGUGCAUGUUGAUUAGUUUAUCAGUUCCUCUAAUUUGGAGAAGAGGGGCCCGGGAUUCAAAGCUCUCCUCAGCGGAAGCUACCAAUGUGGGUAGCAUUAAGAUCCAGACGAGCAGCACAACCUUCCAGAAGAACGGGCGGUUGCCGAAACCUCCCAAUCUUCUGCAAUCCACAGGCCCUCGGAGGAGGACGGUUCGACCAAACGGCCAACAGCAAGAUCCAGAAGAAUUGUUUGGCAAAAAAAAAAAACAGAAGAAAGAUGCUGCUGAAACGACUCCCUCUCAAUCAUCUACAGUAAUUCACGGGCCAAAGGAAGCUUCAACCAUGGCUGACGUGGGUGCUAGCUUGCAUGAAGAAGGAUUACCAGACUGGAUGUCACAGCUGUUCGAGAAAUUGGACUUGGAGGUGUAUGAGGAUAGCAUUUCCACUGGGGAGAUGGCUCAAGUAGGGACAUAUCACAUUGCAGAGGGGGGUAUUUCCUCUGAAAUCUACGGGAAAUCAAAAGGAAAAGAUUCGACCAUGGAUGUGGAUGGCUUGCAUGAAGAAGAUCCGUCAUCAGAUUGGAUCUCACUGCUGUUUGGCAAGUCAGGCUUGGAAGCAAAUGAGGAUUGUAUUCGUUCCGCAGGGAAAGUGGCUCAAGUAGAGACACCUCCACUGGUGGAGGGGGCUGUUUUUUCAGAGAUUGACAGAUCCUCGGAGAAGGAUUCGACCAUGACCAAGGCAAAGAAAGGAGAAUUGUUUGAUGAUGAUGAAGAUGAAUAUCUAGAUUGGAUAAUAAAGAUAUUGAAGAGUGGGGGGGCAUCAUGAUAUCUUAUCCCGUUAUAACCUGGAUGAAGGAGAAAAACAUAUCGCGCAUUAUGAUGUGCCAGAUGAGUUCUAUGAUCCUAUUGAAAUGGGCAAUGACACAAUGGACAAUUGCAAGAGUAUGAAGAGAGUUUCUAAGGAAGAUACAAUUAAAAAUGGAAUCAAGUGGAUGAGUGAGGAAUGCUUUCUUGCUUUCACAAAAUAUGCUGAAGAGAUUAAUAAUCUUGAGGGCAUCAAUCACAGGUUUGGUGAGCUUUGCUAUCAAUGUUUAAGUGUAGAAGCUCUUCACUAUUGAGACAGAGCAUAGAAGUACUGAUGUUUUGACUUCACAACUUUAUUUUGCUGAAGUAAAGCAACUGUCAUUUCUGCUGCCCGCUUGACCAAGAUGAUGAAGGGCACUGCUAUGGAUGCAAGAACCAGGAAAUGUAUGACCUAAAGCAUCCUAGUACAGGUUGUUAUGAGGUAGGAGCUGCUGAUAUAUGUUGGCCCUUUAUAGAUGACACUGAUUCUGGCAGUGAUGGUGAUGAUGAUUGUGGUGGCCUUGGCUGUUGACAAGCCAUCAAAUAUGGGAAGCUUGGGACAUGUAUGCGAAAACAAAGAUCUUGUGAGUGGUUCUUGGGAAGGACGAUCAAGCUUUGUUGCUACCUGAGUGUGUUAUUCAGCCUGCUACUGAUACCGCUGGAGGAACUUUUUUGUAAAUACUAUUAGCAUUUAGGAUGUUCCAGUUUCUGCCCCGACAAUAUACUAAUUCAGUAAUGCUGGUCCAAAUGAAUUUACGUUUGCCUUUCGUGCCAAAAUAACCAGACCUAAUUCUGCAUGCAGUUGGACUAAGGCUUUGUUUGGAUCCUAAAAA